GUAGCCUGAGACGCAGUGAAGGAGAAGUGAAAGAGGAGCUGGAGGAUCAACAGGCGGCCUGACAAGUUUUGCUGCCCCCUUUGCAACAACGCUCGCAAACUGGAAGAUGACUGUAGUUGCUUUGCGAUCGAGACAACUCGCUGUCACGUGGAUGUACUUCACUCGACUCCUGUUGUUGAUGCACUAAACAUGGCAAGUCUCUCUGCUCAGAGCCCGGGGAGGCUGUCCAGAGAGGAUUAUCUGGAGCAAAAAUGAAAAAGCGUUCUGCCCGAUAGAGGAGAAACUCCUGCAAAGAUGAACCCAGAAUCUCUGGACUCGUCCAUCCAGAGCGCCCUCUCGGCCCUCUUCCCACCUUUCGAGGCCACAGCGCCCAUCGUCCUCAGCCAGCUGUUUCGCUCUAUUGAGGAACGUUAUCACGGUGAUGCGUUACAGUGCCUGCUGGAUUUCCUCAUCCCCGCCAAACACCUGCUGGAGAGCGUCCAACAGGCUGCAUGUGCUGGGUACUCGGAUGUGGUUUUCCGCUGUGAGGGCUGGCCUCUGUGUCUCCAUGACAAAACCGUCAUCCAGUUAGCACCUGUGAACCCUUUGCUGCUGCGUCCUGGAGACUUCUACCUCCAGGUGGAACCUUUCGGGGAUCAAGCGGCUCGCAUUGUCCUCAAAAGUCUUCUGGAGGAGGGCUGUCGAGAAGUGGAGGAGACCCCUGUGCCGGAGACUUCCUACCCCUGCAUCUUCACUGAAGAAUGGUUGCAGGAGAUCAAUGAAGGACGCCAUGGGACUCCUCUGUCUCGUUGCUUGCUUUGCACAGAUCAAGGAGUAAUCAAGUUGCCGUGGUCUAAAAUCGCCAUCCCUGAGUUUUUAGACAAGCCUAAGAUCAUGCCCACUUACCGGGAGGCUCCUCCUGAACCACGACAGGUCUCCAUUCCCUCGCAUUUUAACUCCUCCACCCUUCCUAUUGAAGCCAUUUUCCUUCCUGCAAAAGACAGGAUGUCAGCGUCUUUGAGACCUGCCGACUGUUCCUCCAAACUUGUCAAAGUUGAUCAAAACAGACGCACCCCGAAAUCGUGUUCUAAACCUUUGAUCAAACCUGUGGGUUGGGUAUCCCCGAACACCUGGGACAGUCGAGAGAUGUAUCGAGAGAUUGAAGGGGAUUAUGUAGACCUGGUGGAUAUCGCCAAAGAGAAGGAGUCUAUGGAUAAACACAAGGGCAGCCAUCCAAAUCCAGCCAGUUCGGUUUCAUUUAAACCUGUCAGGCCACCUCCACCUGUGCCAUUUGGGAACAGUGUUCCCUGCGGACACACCCUUCAGUACGCAGAGGAGCCUUGUACACCGUGCAGCCAGAGAAGGCUGGGGCACGAGCUUACCGACCAAGACUUGAAGUGUAGGUACAGAGACUCGUACGUGGCGGCACUGAGGAACCCAGUCCCUUUUGAGAGGGGGAGUGUUGACCUACUGGCUGCCCUGGAGGAGGUCGGCCUUUGCCAAGAGGGGGGGUUAAGAUCCAAGGGUGCAAUUGAAGCUCAAAGAGAUCUACUUGGAAACCUUUGUAACCACUCUAACAAACCCUUGAACAGUAAAGAACUCUGCCAGUACAAACAUUGCUGUGAACCAACACCUGAAAACUUUGCCUCUCACCUCAAAGACCGUCCUGUGAGUUUUGACUCGGAAAACCUGAUGAAGGAACCGCCCAUGGUUUUAAAAUCAACCCCUGGUUUGAGCCACAGUCAGAAAGUUCACAUGAAACUCCUUUCCCACCCGUCAGGACAUCAUGCUAGCGAGCGUCCAGGAUCAGAUUUGUUCCCUGAGAACUGCGAUGGUGACGUUAAACCACAUCAGAAGGUGGAGGUUUUGAAACCAUCAGGAAAACACAAAGUUAAGGUCAGGUCUCUGUCCACUGUGUCAGACACUUCUAAAGGGAGUCCACUUCUUUAUAAACUCAACAACAGGAGCCACAGUGACAUCUGCCCUGAAACAAUCACCAGCAUAAUGCAGUGUAAGAAAGGUGAACUGUUGGAUCAGGUGACUCAGAAGCUGGAGAGACGGAAGUCACCUAAAAAAGACUCCCAGGCAAGCAGGAGUCAAACUCCCUCCGCCACCGAUGGACCGGAUGUCUCCAAACUCCACGACCCAAAGACAGAAAAGCCACCUUCUCCACAAGUUCAGCUUCCAUCUGCACCUCCGGACACUUCACAGUCUCCACAAACCGAGGAAUCCAGUUUCAGAAGCAUCAGCCGUCUGCUUGAACUGGGCAUUAUUUGUUUGCCAGGCAGCAGGGACAGGACAGGCAGAGCAGUGGUGGAGGUCCAUGGAGACAGGAGGGAAUGGACGUCUCCCCUUGUGUCAGCGCAGAAUGUCUGUGAAUUACUGCUCUACUUACACUCUAUACCGAGGAGAGAAAUUCGAGAGCUGGGAAUGACUUUGGUCAUCAAUGCCAGGAAGAAGCCUCCACCGCUUCACCUCUACAAAGCUCUGCUGAUGGCCCAGGAGCAAGCUCUCCACGCCGUCCACAGUAUUGUGAUGCUGGUGGAUAAAGACACUUGUCCUCGACCUGAGAAACAGCCAGGGCUACAGAUGGACACGGUGACUUCUAUGAAAGCGCUCAACAAGACAGUCGAAGCUUCCCAGCUGACCUCAGACCUGGGAGGGACCUUUACUUACAGUCACUCUGACUGGCUGCAGUUUCAUCAGAGACUGGUGUCUUUCAUGACUGACCUGCGAGAGGCAGACAGCUUGUUGCAGAAGGCCAUCAAGAAAGUGGAUGACAGCAUAAAGCUGGACUCAGCCCAGGAGGUGCAGCAAUGCAUUCAGGAACAGAGAGCCUCAAUGAAGGAGGUGCUGGAGGACACUCGCCUGGUCACUCUGCAGAGGGAAGGAGGGGCCGUACUGGCCCGGAUGAGGAGAGAGGACUUCAGGUUCCCACAGUCUGAGGACUACAGAGACGCUCUGGAGUCUGUGACGAGUCUGUACAACCAGGUGGAGGAGAAGCUCCACACUCUGGUGAUGAGAUCCAACGAGUCGCUGCAGCGCCUGGAGUUCGUCUUCAGGCUCAGAGAGAUGGAGGCCAAAAUCAGCGCGGCCGGGAUGUGGUUCAGUACAGAAGGCGAACAGGGACUGAAGGACUCUCACACAGCAGAUGACACCCUGGUGUGCACUGAAAAGGCCUUACAGCACUUUGAUCUGUUUCUCGCUCAGGCUAAGGAGAAACAACAGUCCGCCCUGACCCUAGUGACGGAGGCCGAGGGGAUUGUUGGCACGAGCGAAUCCAGUCCGGCAACGGACAUUUUUCGGACUCUGGUCAGCACUUUCAGAUCCAACGUGGAUGAUUUUGUGUUGCGGACAGAACAGAGGUACAAAGAACUGGACACACUGGUGUAUGUGCACCGCUUCUGUGAGCAGGCGUCUGCCCAGGCCAAAGAAUGCAGUCAUUUUCUGGAGAAGGUAGAGCCGGGGUGUUACUCAGCUCAGAACCUGAGCACACUCCAGAUGUAUGAAGAAAGAUUAGGUGGCGAAUUCUCCACCCCGCACUUCCAGGCUCUGAAAGCUAAGGCCUGUGCCGUGGGAUUGGGGGCCUCGGGGGUGAUGAGAGUGUGGAAUGCAGCCUUGGUCGAGUGCCGAGAAGUCAGGCAGCGUCUGCAGAAGAAGAAAGGCGUAGAUAAGAACCAGAUCCAGCAGACCACAGCUGCAAACCCUCAAGGGGAAGAUGGAGAGAUGGAGAAGAGGGAGAAAAUAAGUGAAAUUGGGGGAGGUGAAUGCCUCCUGAACCAACAGCUAACCUCACAGAAAGAGGUUGUCAAAAUUCCAGAAAGUGAAGGAGAAACCAAAGACUGUUUAAAAUCUGACAUGAAAGACAGCGACAAAGAAGAAUUCCAAGCCAAUAAAUUACCUGAAGCACCAGUUAAAAACGAAAAAAUGACUCCUGUUGUUAAACAGAACGGCGACUGUCAUCCAGAGACCAAACUGAGGCCAAGGGGGCACCACAGUGAGGCAGAUCUGAGGAGCACAGACUCAGUUGAAGGGGGCCGCGAUGUUCCAUCGCACCAACCUUUGGGUCGCUCCCUAAGCGAGGGCUCACGUGCGAGUCCUUAUUUGACGAGCACCUCCGGGUUUUCACCUUUGAAUGGAAGACACAAACACUGUCAGAGCUGGACGCAGCCACUGGAACAAAAUCCAAAGCCCGUCCAAAAUCUGCCCAGUUCCCAUAACGAGAGUAUACAGUCAGGAAACCUGAGCUGUAAGUCCAAAAGCAACGUCACUGAAGAUGAGAGUGAAGGAUGCACAGCCUCCACCCAGAGCCCUGAAGACCGGAGGACCCCAGAGACAUUACUCAUGGCAGCAGAACACAAUUGCAGCAAUGUUUUGAAGCUGCGGAGGAUCAUGGAGGAGCUGCUGUCCACAGAGAGGGAGUACGUGAAGGCUCUGGGCUACGUUCGAGAGCACUACUUCCCCGAGCUGGAGAGGGCCGACGUCCCUCAGGACCUCAGGGGCCAGAGGGGGAGCAUCUUCGGUAACUUAGAGAAACUCCACGACUUCCAUCGACAUCACUUCCUGAACGAGUUGGAGAGCUGCAUGAACGAACCCUUCAGAGUGGGACGCUGCUUCCUACGACAUAGAGAGAGCUUUGCGCUGUAUGCCCUUUACAGCAAGAACAAACCACAGUCUGAUAGUCUUCUCAUCAAUCAUGGACAGGCUUUCUUUAAGCAAAAGCAGGUGGCGCUUGGGGAUAAGAUGGACCUGUGGUCGUACCUGCUGAAGCCUGUGCAGCGGAUCAGUAAGUACAGCCUGUUGCUGCAGGACAUGUGGAGGGAGUGUGGUCCGGGACAAACCAGGGAAAUGGCCGAGGUCAAGGCUGCCUUGGAGGUCAUCCAAUUCCAGCUCCGCCACGGCAACAACCUGCUGGCCAUGGACGCCAUCCAUCACUGUGACGUCAAUCUGAAAGAGCAGGGCCAGCUGAUUCGCCAGGACGAGUUCUUGGUAACAUUCAGGAAGAAAAAAUGCUUCCGCCACAUUUUCCUUUUUCAAGAACUCGUCCUCUUUAGCAAGACCAGGAAGACUGACGUAGGCAAUGACACAUACAUCUACAAACAGUCAUUCAAGACCUCAGACAUAGGCCUGACCCAAAACAGCGGUGACACUGGCCUGUGUUUCGAAAUCUGGUUCAGGAAGAGGAAAACCCAGGACACAUACACACUUCAAGCAGUCAACCGGGAGGUAAAGAGUGCCUGGACCAAGGACCUGGAGCGAAUCCUUUGGGAACAGGCUGUACACAACAGAGAGGUCCGUAUGCAGGAGAGAGUGUUCAUGGGUAUUGGAAACAAGCCUUUCAUGGACAUCCAGCCCAGUGAUGCAGCUAUCAGUGACAGAGCGGUCAACUAUGUACUGAUGGGAAGAGAGAGCAAGGUGCUGUCCUCUGCGACUUCACAUGGCUCACAGGACGGCAUUCCUGGGGGGCGGCCAAAAUCUGUUGGUUCGGGUAGCAGCGCGUCCUCCUCCUCAUCCUCGGGAAGGGGCUCCCUGUCCCCUGUGGGAUACAUGUGUGGGCCAAAGCGGAGAGUAGUUUCGGGGGGGCUUGGAGGGUAUGUGUCUCCUCCUGGAGCUCUGGAGGAGGACGACUUGGACCACGAGAGCGGGAGUCAGAACUUAUUAUUGGACAGCUCCGAGUCGUCAGGAGAGAGUGUGAGUGGCUUCAGCAGUUCCGGUCACAGCUACCACUCUGCCAUCGGGGGAGAGGCGGAGGACACCUCCUCGCUCUGUGCCUCUACAAUCACCGUGAAGGAGGCAGCGCCUGCUCACGGAGCUGAACCCUGUGCAGUCUCCCACAAGCCAAAUGCGUUGGCAGAAUCCCCAGAAAAAAACCCACCACCCGUUGCACCCAAGCCCAAACCCAAACCACAACACCAGGCCAAAGAUGUGUCCUGUGGCAAGGUUGGAAAGUCCACGGAGGUUUGACCUGUGUAAUAUGGUACAAGAUUUGGUGGCAGCCCAAGAAAAGACAAGAGCCAUCUAUCGGUGUCAGCGUUGAAGAUUAAACUAUUUAAAUUGGCAACCUUUUAUAUCAGCUGUUGAUGUAAUCCAUUACCACUCUGUAAAUAAAUCUACAUCUCACCACUAAUACAGUAGUGCAGAAAAAUGUCUAUAUAUGUACUGUAUUUUGAACUUAAACAGUGAUACAUUCUGAAAUGCAUAUUUGGCAUAGUGUGCUGUAAAUCAGUCUAGUUUUCAUAGCUCAUACAAAGGACUGUAGAGUUGCUACGGUCUGCACAUUUGAUCUCACCUGGAUUAUUUUGUCACAUUCUUUGACUAAAUAAUCCUGGUGAGAUCAAAUGUGCAGACCAUAUGCCUCCAGGCUGUGUUUAAUAAAAUCUUGUGAUGAAUUACCCAGGUAGAAUGAACCAUAAUUUUUGUCCUAAAUGUGUUGCCUUUUGUACAGAUUUAUCAAAUGUAAUUACAACUUAAGUGUCUUACUUGUUUCCUCUGAAGAUAAAACACAUCCACUCUGUCUUUUCUUUGAAUUAACAGUUUUUGUAUAAACUAAUGUGCUACUUGUAUGAAUAUUGACUUCUGUAAUUUUCUAUUUGGAAUACAGAAUAUUUGCAGUGAUGAUGAAUCUCUUCUGUUGGCUUUUGUCUUGUGUUUUUACUUGCAUCACAAUAAACUUAACCACCAUGCUUACAGUCA